AUGUUGUGUGGUUCCAGUUCUGUUUCUAAGAAACCAAUUGAAAGGAAGAUUGUCAUAUUGGGUGAUGGUGCUUGUGGUAAGACAUCUCUGUUAAAUGUUUUUACUCGAGGUUAUUUCCCUAAGGUGUAUGAGCCUACAGUUUUUGAGAAUUAUAUCCAUGAUAUUUUUGUUGACAAUAAGCAUAUUACUUUAUCCUUAUGGGAUACUGCAGGACAAGAAGAAUUCGAUAGGUUACGAUCAUUAUCUUAUUCUGAUACUGAUACCAUUAUGUUAUGUUUUAGUGUCGAUUCUCGUGAUUCGUUAGAGAACGUACAGCAUAAAUGGGUUGGUGAAAUUGCUGAUCAUUGUGAUGACGUUAAAUUGGUCUUGGUUGCAUUAAAAUGUGAUUUGAGAAAUGAAGAAGAUGAAGAUAUUGAUGGUACUAAUAAUAACAGAAAAGAUUUAAUAACUUAUGAGGAAGGUCUAGCUAUGGCUAAGAAGAUAGGUGCAUUGCGUUAUUUAGAAUGUAGUGCGAAAUUGAAUAAAGGUGUAAAUGAGGCAUUCACUGAAGCUACUCGUGUUGUUUUAACUAGCGAUAGCAAAAGGAAUGACAUAAAGGAUGAGGAAGAAAGUUCUAGUUGUACUAUAAUGUAA